GGCAGAAAAAAAAACGCUGGAAAUUUACUUCAGACAGAGUCCAGCUCGUUUCAGACUGGAAGGAGAUUGAUUUUAGGGACAGAAAAGGUGUUUUAAGAAGUUGCUGGCCAGAGCCACUGGGGGGCAAUGGCAGAUAACAGCAGCGGCACCAACGGCAACAGCUGGACUAUUCUCACACCUGAGGUGAAGGAGCCUGGGGUAGAGAGUGUGGGUCCCCUGGCUGAAGGUCUGGAAGGACCAGUCCACUCAGAACCAGCACAACCCAGAACAGAUCAGCAGGACCUGGAGAACCUCUCCUCCCACAGAUCAGACCUCACAGACGGACCUACAGAACACAACAGCGCUCCUGAUCCCCCUCAGGUAGCGCCUUUAGAGACCAAUGAAGCAGAAGCGUCCGUAAACUCCUCCCACCUGAAGGACUCGUCUCUCAGCGCGUCUCCAGUGGAGAUUCUCACCUGUCUGAGCUCUGAUCUCGAGCAGCAGGACGAGAGAGAAACAGCUCUAAACCUCGACGCUGAAUCAUUCUCCGACUCUUACUCACACAUCAGCUCAGGUACAGCCUCAGCCCCGCACCCUGCUGCUGCCUCACAGGAGGAGGAGGGGCUUUCAGCGGGGGAGGAGUCUCUGGAGCUGAGGAAGACUCUGAGAGAAGAAUCUUCUCCAGACGUUGACGUGUCUGAGGAGCAGGAGGUGGAGGGUGAUGGACUGAGGAGGAGAAAGGUUCCUCAGCUGAGCCCUGAAGAUCACCGAGAUGAAGAUGAGGAGGAAGAGGCUGAGGAAGAACCGUUCACUCCUCCUCGGAGAGAAGACGACGCCGGGUUCUCUCUGAAUAAGUGUAUUUUUGGAGCGGUGAUUCUGCUGGGCCUGGGCACCAUUUUCUUCUCAGGUGUGCUCUUGGAUCCAGAUGAGGAAGGAGAUGCUGAAGUGCAGGAGCUGAAAGAUCCACAUCUUAAAAAGGAGUGGAUGAAUCUUGAUGCUUCAGGAAACACACCUGCAAGUGUUCCUCCUCUAGAAGUACUGGAGCAACUAGCGAAGGAGAGUCAGAAAAUCGCUAUCUUACAGGCGCAGUUUCAGGAACAGGAAGGGGAACUAAAGGCAACGCAGCUGCAGGUGGAGGAAGGCAGCCGGGAGCGAGUGAAGAGGAAGGAGCUGGAGGUGGAGAUCCAGAAAAUGAGAGGAGAGCUGGAUAAACUUCCUGCUCUUCAGAAGGAGCUGGAGCAAGGAAACGAAAGAGCAAAGAAAGAUCUGGAGGCUCUUCCAGCCCUGCAGAAGGAGCUGGAGCUCCUGAAGGCCAGAGUUACAGAACUUACUCAGAGCACAGAUGGAGCUCAAUCUGUUACCCUCCAAUCAGAAUCAGCGACUCCCUCUGCUGGACCCGGAAGUGAACUGCCAUCUAGUCAAGGAAAGAAAGAGUGGAAGGAUAAGAAAUCGCAGGAGAAAGUGAAAAAAGAGAAAGAAUGGAAGGAAGGAAAAAAGGACAAAGAGGAAGGAAAGCCGUGGAAGGACCGAGGAAAUGAGGGGAAAGAACCAAAAAAGCAAAAAGAGCGAGAAAAGAAAGUCCAGCGAGAAGAAAGCAAAGAAUACAGAGCAAAAGGAGAAAGGAAAGUAGGGGUAGAUGAGAAAGAAGGGAAAAAGGGCAGAAAGCAAGAAGAAGGUAAAAGAUGGAAAGAUUCUGAAGUUAAAAGGGAUUCUAAAGACGAAGGUAAGAAAAGGGAGCGGAAAGAAGAUGACAAAAGAUGGAAAGAUGAUAAAGAUAAAGUAAAGAGAGAGAGUGGAGAAGAGAACGAGAAGGAAGAUAAAAAGUAUAAGAAAAAGGAGAAACCCUGGCAGCUGGACGGCGAAAGGGGCGGGACAAAGACAAAAGAAAGGAAGCAUUUCGGAGAGAAAGUGAAAGAGGGGAAGGAUGAGAGAGACUGGGAAAAGAGAAGACAAACUGGCUCAGAUGAUAAAAAAGAAUGGAAGGAGAAAAGAAAAGAUGGGAAAGAGAGGAACGAGUGGGAUACUGAGGAAGGAAGUCAUCCAAAAGGUGAAGGAGGAAAAGCCAAGAAGAAAGAAUCGUGGAAAGGAGAGAAAGAUCAUCAUCACCGUGGUAAAAAAGAACGAAAAGAAAGGGAUGAGAGGGAUGCUGAAAAUGAAAAUGAAGGAAACGAAAGAAAUGAAAGAAAACCAAAAAGUGAGAGAAAAGCCCACAAAAAAGAUUCAUGGAAAGAAGAGAAGAAUCAUAAUCGAGAAGGAAAUGGGGAUAAAAAUGCGUGGAAAGAAAGGAAUGAGUGGGAUGCCGAAAAUGAAAGGAUAGAGAGGAAAGACAAAAAGCAGAAGAAGAAAGACUGGAAAGAAAGGAAUGAAUGGGAUGCCGAAAAUGCCGAAAGGAUAGAGAGGAACGACAAGAAGCAAAAGAAAGACUGGAAAGAAAGGAAUGAGUGGGAUGCUGAAAAUGAAAGAAAUGCAAAAGGUGAGAGAAAAUCCCACAAGAAAGAUUCAUGGAAAGAAGAGAAAGAAGGGAAUGGUGGAAAGAAAGAGUGGAAAGAACGUACAGAUAAGCGCUCGAGUGGAAAAGAGAGAGAGUGGCCAAAAAACGAGGAAAAGGAGGAGAACAGAAAGCAGCAUAAAGGCGAAUACGAGAAGAACGGAGAAAGGUGGAGCAGGAAGAACAAAUCGAGGAACCCCUCUCCAGAAAAGGAACCCCAUCAUUUAUACACUGACCGACAGCAAAGCGAGGACCAAUCACGUGCCGGGGAUUACUGGGCGGAGCAGAGAGAACGGAUACGUCAUUUCCGCGGAUCGACGGAGGGAUGCGACGGAGUGACGGCCUGCGCCCGUGCUGAAGGUCUAUCGCCCGUCUCUAAAAGCGAUUUUGAGUCUUUCCUCUCCACCUACCUGGAAAAGUUACGAUCUCCUGAGAACCAGGCCUCUAAAAAAGAGGAGCUGAAUAAGCUCAUCAGUGAAUUCUUCACCAACGGAGUCUUCAUCCACGACCAGAUACCGUUCAGCGAGUUCGUGGAGGACGUAGCCGACAUUUUGGAAGACAUGGCGGAAGAAGAAGAGGAGGAUAAGGAGGUGGAGGACGAGAUGGAGGAGUUUGAAAGGGAGGCGAUGGAGAAGUUUGCGCUUCAGGACAGAGGAGGGGAGGAAGAGAAGAGGAGGGAGAGUGGGAGGAAGAGAGCUUCAGGCUGAAGGAAGGAAAGGAAAGGAUGGAGGUCUUAGAAGUAGGCCUGUCACAAUAAUUACAUUAUCAGCUUAAAAAUGCCCCCUAUCAACACCCAAAACAUACCUAAAGAAACUUUAUGCCGGUCCAAUGCGGUCCAGCUGGUACAGACCGGGGCUUCCCCUGCCUUCACACUUUGCAGUAUGUAUAGUCUUUAAAAGGAUGUAAUUCCUUUGUUAUGAUAUUAUGUUAUCAUUCUAUUAGUGCCAUAUAAACAGUAUCGCAAUAAUUUCUGUGAAAACAUAUUGUUCACAAGAAAUUGUUAUCGUGACAGGCCUACUUAGAAGGAAAAAAAAUGAAAAUGUUAUAUUAUAUUAUAUAAUUAGGGUUGGUUUGUUCUUGUGGAUAAUUUACAAAGCAGGAUUUCUUAUUGAGCAUAUAGGGUUUAAAUUCAGUUUCUAUAAGUAAAAAAAAAACAAAUUGUGUUCUUGGACCGGUUCCAAACGAACUAUGAAGCUUUUCUCUUGUAGUGAGAACGUGAUCCGGUCUCGGUCUGACCCAACUAUAGAUAUAGUCCAUUUAUUUGAGCUAAACUGCUGAUAAGGCACAGUUUAAUCUGAUAUAUAUAGACCAGAUAAUGCUAAUUAAUUAUCACAGCUAUGUACAAACACCGUCUCUGCUGCUCCAUGCUGUUUACACACUGCGUGCAGUAUGUGCAACGUUCACUGCUCAACGUUCACUGUGCUGCACGUCCCAUUAAAAACACUGUGUUUCAAAACUUAUCGGCACAUCUUCUGACCAAUCAGAGGAGAAGAUGUGCUCGCUUGGUUUAUUAGUAGGGGUGUCACGAUUCUCUAAAUCCUCGAUUUGAUUUUAUUUUCGAUUUUAGGGUCACGUUUCGAUUCGAUUCUCAAUUUUCUUUUUUCUGGCCUAUGCCAGUUUUUUUAAGAUAUAUAUGUAAUGACAUCUAGUGUCUUUUUUUUGGUAGCAGCAGUGCGCACUAUUAAAACAGCAAUGUGUAACAUAAUAUAAAUAAAUAAUAAAAAAAUACAGGAACAGUCAUGUACAAAAUAAUAGAACAAUUAGAGCCUUAACAAACUGAACUCUAUCCUACUAUAACAGUUAAACAUGAAAAAUAAGACUUUAAGACUUUUCUUUAAUAAAGAUAUAUUAUUAACUUUAUCUGAGAGAAAGAUGCUCCUUAAGGUACCAAAACUAUUAGCAUAUUUGAGGCUAGACAAAACAACUGAUAUUUUUUUUAUAUUUUCAAGUUUUUCUUUAAGAAGAUGAGAGUGUCCACAUUCUCUGGAGAAAGAGCUGCUCUUUCAGCAGUCACAAUGUCCGCGGCUACAGUGUGCUGCGUUAUUUGUGUAGCUUAGAGGGAGGGAUCGUAGAUCAUCUUUUUGACUUUGAUGCUUGAGACAAUGACAUCAUUUCGAUCGAUUUCGCUAAAAUAACGAAAUCAUAAAAUAUGGAAAUCGUAACACCCCUAUUUAUUAGUGCACAUUUUGGUGUGUUUAGGUUUGUGCCUGUGUGAAAACAAACCAAACAGAGGGAGAAACAAACUCAUCAACUGAUCCAGAGCAUAGAAACCAAACACUACAAGAAUUGAUAUUCCUAAAUGACCGAAUUGAGGAUUCCCAGAGUAAUGUUUCUUAGCUCUCCUUCUAUUAAACAGGCUUGAGUUUUAUCUUGAAAUCCUGCUUUGUAAAAUUUUAAAACUUGUUCUAUUAAAGAGCCGCUGCACUGCUGUAGAUAUGAGCCACUGGAGUCACCUGUUAUAAAGUGUUCAUAAACACUAGCAUUCAAAAGUUUGGAAUCGAUUAUAAUAAUAAAAAUAAAAAUAAGGGUACAGUAAAUAACAGGACUUACAACAGAAUGCCUCAACUAAUAAUUAUUUAAUUGACAUGAUAAAAACGUAUUAAUCAUAUCAUAUAUCAAUCAUAUUUUUUAUUUACAACAAUCUUAAGCAUUCUAAUUUAGUAAGAUUUUUUAUAAUGUCUUAACAGGCAUCAAUUAAUCAUUAGUUAAGACAUUACUGUCAUAAGUGUGGUUAUUUGUGUCCUUUUUUAUAAAAAGUUACCUGAUAUUCUGUAUAAUAUAAAAGCAAGGUGAUGCACGUGCAUAAAAAAGAUAUAUAAAAUAGGACUUUGCAACUUGAUAGAAGUUGUAUAAUUUAUUUGAUUUAAAGCUCACCUACCGUCGUUUUUUCUUUCAUUUUAAAAUGUCUAGUUGUGGUCUCUAGUAUGAAUGAAUGACAUGUGAGCCGUUUUUGUAAAAAAAAAAGUGCUCAGGUGUCUCUGUAUAGCUCUUUUUUAAUGGACUGUUUUAGGGGUGUGUCCAAAAUGACCGGAUUCCAGCUUUGCUCAUGAAUAUUCAUACAUGCAAACAGCAUGCAAAUAUCUCUCCUCUGAUUGGCUAGGAGCACUGCGACGCCCCUCCGCCGCUCUGCCGCUCACUGCCUCCCACCUCCUAACUGAUGAGCGGUGAUGUUGCGUCGCUUCAGCUCCGCCUCUGGGAGUUUCUCGAGCCAAGGUGGGCUGGUCUGUGAGUUUCUGCCUACGUAGGCAGAAAGAUAAUUCAAAAUUCACCCGUUUUUCGGAGGGGGGGAGGGGGGAUUUCUUUGCUUAGCUCCUGCAGACAAUGGGGGCUGCAAAACAGUUUAAUGUGCAGGUGUACACAUUCAACUCGGAGAGACCUACUGUAUUCCACAAAAAACAAGAAAAAUCGGAUUUUCGCGGAAGGUGAGCUUUAAGUAAAUUUUAGGCAGCUGUAAAUCUAUAUUUUAAAUACUAUGAAAGCAAGUUGGUGGCGCAUACAUUUUUUUUAAGUUUAGAACUGAUAGAAUGUAUUAUAAUUAUGAAUAAAUAAAUAUUUGGCAGCUGUGAAUAAAAAUGUUAUGGCUUCUACAGAGCUGUUAAAUAAAGGUAGCAUAAAAUUUAAUAAUUGAAUGCGGACUAUCCUGUAUCCUGAGACAAGCUUAAGUAUAAGAACAGAAAUCAGUUAAAAAACCUGUAAAAAUGGUACUUUUUAAAUAUCAAAUAAAUACAGUAUUUAUUUAAAGCUACAUUGUUUAAGUUACUGUAAUGCAAUUAAUUUAAAAUAAUUAAAUAAAGUGGUUCCAGACUUUUGAAGGCUACAUUUCACGGUACAUGAUAUAGAAAUUAAAGCUUAGCUUGCAUAGACGUAUUAUCAUAUUAUUGCAAACUGGGUUGCCAGAUAUUCUGCUCAGACAAUGACUAGUGCAGAAUUUUUUUUUUUUUUUUGUAUUGUGGAAAAGAGACUUGGAGAAUGGUACAAUUUUCAGAUAUUUUGUUGAGUUUCUCGUCUGCCUUUUUUGUAUUUUUGGGCAGAACAUUAUUUGUGUGUGUUAGUGAGUGUGAAUGAGUAUUUUUCAGUAUUUAAGUUGGAGUAAGUCAAAUUAUACAUCUUAAUUUUAAAGAGUAACGGGAACAUUUCAUACAUUUCAUACCUGUAACAUUUUAAAGAUUUCCUCUCUGUGCGCUUUAGUUCCGGGUUUGAGCUACUGAUCUAAUUUUAAGGCUUUAUGUGCUUUUUUUUGUUGUUAUUUAUUAUAAUGUAUUUGUUCAGUAUGUUUUUAAAUGGGUGUUUGCUUGUAGUUUUUAGUUGUUGAGAAAAGAAACUGGUUUUAUUGCAACCAAACAAUCAGCUACUUUUUAUAAGCUAGACUUGCUCUGCUGGCAGGACCUUCUGGGGUUGUUUCUAGUUUUCAUUUCUGCGUCACAAUAAAACUUAUAAAUAAAAAGA